AUGGCGUAUUUCUUUGUUGAUACUCAAGUUGGUCAAGUUGGUCAAAUUGUUUGGUCAGGUUCCGCAAGUUGGUCGAAUUGGUCGCGUUGGUCAAGUUCAAAAAGUUCAGGUUCAGGCACUGCUAUUGGCGCAUCAAUCGGGAGUAUCGUUUUUGUUGCGAUCAUAAUAGGAUUUAUCUAUGGAUGUUGCAGAGCAUCUUGCAGGGCCAAUCGAGGAGCCGUCAUUGUAGCACAGCAAGGACAGACCGCACAAGCCGCCCCCAUUGUAAAUGCCAAUGUCUCUAACAAUGUAGCAACAUCCCAGGCAACUACUCUAGCACCUACAACUACUGCAGGUUACAUGCCACCACCGCAGGGUGCACCUGCAUAUAUGCCACCGCAGGGUGCCCCUGGCUAUAUGUACCCACCGAAGGGUGCCCCUGGAUAUAUGCCACCACCACAGGGUGCCCCAGGAUAUAUGCCACCACCACAGGAUGCCCCAGGAUAUAUGCCACCACCACAGGGUGCCCCAGGAUAUAUGCCAUCGCCAGAUGGUUAA